UUUUUCAUAUCACGGAAAGUUUUGUGACCUCGUGUCAUCGCUCUGACCCCAAUGUCAAUUUGAAAGGCCCCGACAUCUCACCUCUCUCCUCGGCCAACCUCCUCGCUGCCAUGGAUAUUCUAACAGACGACACCGAGGGAUGCUACUUGAACCGCAGCGUCAAAUUUUUCUACGAAAAAAGCGGCAAGAACAUAAGCGACCACUGGCGCCGGCGUGACUAUGUGAUCGUCUCGCUGGGCAUGACUGUUUGUUUCAUUGUCAUCUUGUCCAACCUGAUGGUCAUUGGGGCCAUUUUAAAAAACAGACGCUUCCAUUUCCCCAUCUAUUAUUUAUUGGGGAACCUGGCUUUCGCGGACCUCUUCUCAGGUGUCUCCUACCUCCAUUUGAUGUUUCACACAGGUCCAUGGACUAUCAAGUUGUCCAAGUACCAGUGGUUCGUGCGUCAAGGCCUGAUCAACACCAGCCUGACGGCAUCUGUCCUCAACCUCCUGGCCGUGGCGGUGGAGCGUCACCAGACCAUCUUCAACAUGCAGCUUCACAGCAAGAUGAGCACCCGGCGGGUCUUUGUGAUCAUGAUCUUCAUCUGGCUGGUGGCCAUUGUCAUGGGCCUGGUGCCCACCAUGGGAUGGCACUGCCUGUGCGAUCUGGACAAGUGUUCCACCAUGGCGCCGCUCUACAGCCGCAGCUACUUGGUGUUCUGGGCGCUCCUCAACCUGCUCACCUUCUCCAUCAUGGUAGCUGUCUACACUCGCAUCUUCUUGUACGUGAGGCACAAGAGCAAGCAGAUGUCGCAGCACACCACCCAGAUGAGACAUCGCGAGACGGUGCUCAACCUGAUGAAGACUGUCUCCAUGAUCUUAGGCUGCUUUGUGAUCUGCUGGACUCCAGGCCUGGUGGUGCUGCUGCUGGACGGCCUGGGCUGUGACGAGUGCAAAGUGCUACGCUACGAGAAGUACUGCCUGGUGCUGGCUGAGUGCAACUCGCUGGUCAACCCCAUCAUCUACUCCUUCAGGGACAAAGACAUGCGGAGGACCUUCAAGGAGAUCCUCUGCUGCCUGUGCGGGCGCAGCGGCGACAAGUCCAGCUCGUAUGGCGUGAACUUUAACACCCUGGACCACGAGAACUCCAAGUCUCGCGACAUGACGCUGAUGGAGAAGUGUAACGGAGCGCCGCUCAUCGGCAAACACUCGGACAUGACGCCGCCUUCGAAGCGUUGGAGUUGAAACACAAACACGCACACUCGCCCUAUCGAAGGAAGAUGUCGUCAUAACUUGUGCGUGGCUGGGGCCUCGUUUCCUCUUUUAUGGCCUGCAACCAAGUGUGUGCAAGCUGCUUUUUUUUUUUUUUUUUCCCCUUUGUUUUUGUCACGCUUGUGAGCUCCUCAGAAAGUUUUUGUCAGCUUCUGAGUGGAGGACAGCAACACAAUUUGAGCAAUUUUUUUUUUAAUGCAGUCUACCAUCUCAAAAUGUAUAUUUGCAAUGAAAAAUGAAAGUGGUACCUCAAAAUUCAA